AUGACAAAAUUUUUUCAAUUUAUUCUAACGAUAUAUUCUUCUAUUGUUGUUAUCUAUGCUUAUACUGAUCCAUCUGAAUUAAAUCCACAAUUAGUUAAAAGAUUUGAAUAUAAAUUAUCAUUUAAAGGACCUCAUCUUGCUUUUAAAGAUGGGACUGUUCCAUUUUGGACAUUUGGUGGAAGUGCUAUUGCUAGUGAUGAACAAGUACGUGUAACGCCAUCAAUUCGAAGUCAAAAAGGUUGGAUUUGGAGUAAGAAUACAAUGACUGCAGAUAAUUGGCUUCUCGACGUUAAACUACGUGUAACUGGCCGAGGUCGUGUUGGUGCUGAUGGAAUGGCUAUUUGGUUUACAGAGAAAGCAGGUGUUGAAGGUCCUGUAUUUGGCUCAAAUGAUUUGUGGAAAGGUGUAGGCGUAUUUCUUGAUUCAUUCGACAAUGAUGCAUUACAAAAUAAUCCAAUAAUUGCUGUUAUGGUUAAUGAUGGUACUAAAACAUAUGAUCAUCAACAUGAUGGUAGUGGACAAAUUCAAGGAAGCUGUAUUCGAGAUUUUCGUAAUAAACCAUUUCCAAUUCGAUUGAAAAUUGAAUAUGUCAAUCAAGGAUUAACAAUUUAUCUUAAUAAUGGUAUAACACAAGAUGAUAAUGCAUUUGAAUAUUGUACACGUAUUGAUGGAGUACAAUUACCAAAAACUGGAUAUCUUGGUGUAACAGCUGCAACAGGUGGCCUUGCUGAUGAUCACGAUGUAUUAGAAUUUAUGACAACGACUUAUUCUGAUAAACAAGCAUUAGCUCAAAAUCAAGCAGCCACAGAUGAACAAGCAAAAAAAUAUAAAGAAGAAUAUGAAAAAUAUGAACAAGAACUUAAAAAACAACAAGACGACUAUAAAAAAGAACAUCCAGAUAUGACAACACCAUAUAAUGAAAAAAAUUUAUACGAAAGUGAAUAUGAUCGUGAAUUUCGUACUAUCUUAGAAGGACAAGAUCAAAUUCGUUCAUCAUUAACAAGUAUUGAUAAAAAAAUGCUUGAACUAUUGGGACGUGUUGAACGAUUAGCUGUAACUACUGGCACACAACAACAAAUUGUUGGACAAGGUGGUUCAGGUGUACCUGCUGAUGUUGCACGAAUUCAAGAUGUGAAUCGAGUGAUAAAUUCUAAUACUGAUAUGACAAGAACUAUUCAAAGUUAUGCACAAGUACUAACGGAUUUACAACAAAAAGUCAAUCAUAUUCAAACAAGUAUUAAUAAUCAAAGACCUAUUGGUACAGGACAACAAGUAGUUACUCCAAAUAUAGAUGGAACUGUAGUAAAUGAAAUUCGAGAACUAGUUAGAAUGAUUAAAUCGGAAACGAAUACAUUAUUACAAAAAUCAUCAACUCAAGUUACAUGUCCAACAGUAACUGGUGGAAAUAAUAGUUCUUGUGUGGGUACAUUUACAUUUAUAGGUGCUAUUAUAAUACAAAUUGUUGUUCUAGUCGGUUUUUUUGCAUUCAAGUAA